AUGCAAAUGGACAGUACACAGCAGGACAAGCAUACUUGGACGAUUGGUGUCAGGGUCAGGGUAAAGACAACACUGUCUGAACAGUAUGAAGGUGUAAUAUUCAAUUAUGAUCCAGUAACAACAUGUGUAACCAUAUUGAGUGAAGAUGGAUCAUUGACAUACGCGCAUUCAAAGAAGCAUAUUGUUCGAGUAUUGUUGGAGUCAGCAAUCACAGAGGUAACAGUCAUCGGAACAUCAAACAGCAGCAACAGCAACAACAACAGCAACAGCAGUGGAAGUGAGUCUCCAUCGAUCAUGGAGAUGACUUCACUGCCCUCUGUCAACACCGAUGCCACCAAGAAGCGACUCGAAAAGGCCAUAGAGGACGCCAGGAAACAGGCUUCCAAGAUAAACACUGGAGUCACUCCAGAGGCCCAAGAGAUAUUUUUUAUGUUGUCAAAGGCAAUUAUGCCAUGCGAGUGGCAAGGAAAGACUAUUGUUGCAAUGAAUGAGGUCAAAAUCACCAGUCCCUACACGGUAGACAAUUGUGUUGGAGGCACCGCUGGUACUCUUGAGCGUGUUAAAUCAGUUUUGGAUGGCAUCAGAAAGAAGCUCAAGCUCAAAUAA